AAGCCCCUCCAUCAGGACUCACCCUGUUUUCCCCCCAAAACUAUUUAGCGUAUCCUUUCACGAGGACUACGCAGAUCCAGAGGCAGCCAAAUGACCGUAAUCAAUUGAGGCGGCCGGUGUGUGUCUGUGGCGCUGAUGAUGUGGAGGUCUGCGAUCAGAGGGCUGGUGUCUGAUGAGUGAAGGGGGGGCAUCGCGGCGCUGCUGACUGUCCACAAGUCCAUGGUCAUUGGGCGAAAGGGAGUUCUGGUCACCAAUAAUAAGGACUCCACGGUGGCGGCAAGAGCCCGGACCACCAUUAGCUAGCUGUCUGCAGCCCGCUCCGCGCCGCAGGUUUGAAACCCACACCAAUCGCGACUCGGACUCGGACCCGCGCGGCGUCUCCCGGCCGUUCACAAUCCCUCUCUCUCUUUCUUUCUUUUUCCUUUCUUUCUUUCUCGCUCUUGCUCUUUCUCUCCCUCCAUCUCUUUUCUCUUUCUAUCUCUUAACCACAAACCAAACCAAGCGAGGUAGAGGAGGACGAAGGAGCAGAAGGUUUAUUUUAUUUUAACCCCGGGAGAGGAGAAAGAAGAAGAAGAAGAAGAAGAAGAAGAAGAGGAGAGAAUCAGGAGGAGUGGGGAGUAUGGAGGUGCGGUACGGGCAGGAGAGAGACACUAUGGUGCUGAAGAGCGUCCUGAAGGAGGGGAAGGAGGGCAAGGAGACGACGGGAAGCCUCUCCAAGAGCCUCCUGAAGGAGCCGCAGGAUUCCUUUUCUGGCUCCGGGACGGGGGAGAGCUGCGAAAACACCCGGGGGGGCACAGGAGACCCUGACUACUGCCGACGCAUCUUGGUCCGAGAUGCAAAGGGCUCCAUCAGGGAGAUCAUCCUGCCCAAAGGUCUGGACCUGGACCGGCCCAAGCGCACGCGUACCUCCUUCACGGCGGAGCAGCUCUACCGUCUGGAGAUGGAGUUCCAGCGGUGCCAGUACGUGGUGGGCCGCGAGCGUACCGAGCUGGCCCGCCAGCUCAACCUGUCUGAGACCCAGGUGAAGGUAUGGUUCCAGAACCGGCGCACCAAGCAGAAGAAGGACCAGGGCAAGGACUCAGAGCUGCGGUCGGUGGUGUCGGAGACAGCCGCCACCUGCAGCGUGCUGCGGCUGCUGGAGCACGGCCGGCUGCUCACCCCCCCGGGGCUCCCGGGCCUGAUGCCCCACUGCGGAGGCCCCGGCGGCGGCGGCGGAGGUUCCCUGGGGGCGGCGCUCAGGGGCCCCUCCCUCAGCGGCAACGGGGGCCUCCUGGGCGGGGGUGGAGGAGGCCUGGGAGGAGGCGGUGGGAGCGCGCGGGCCGCCGGCGGGAGCCCCCCGUUGCCCGUGGUCAGCAGCUCGGGUACGGUGGUGGGGGGCGGCGGUGGGGGGGGCGCGUCCACACACGGGCUCUUCAGCUUCCCCAUGCCCUCGCUGCUGGGAGGCGUGGCCGGACGCAUCGCCGGCAGCCCGCUCGCCAUGGCCGGCUCGCUGGCGGGAAACCUGCAGGAACUGUCGGCGCGCUACCUGAGCUCGUCGGCGUUCGAGCCGUACUCGCGGACCAAUGGCAAGGAGGCCUUGGACAAGAAGCUCCUGGAAUGAUCCGUGCAGCGGACAUGGACCUCGUGUUUGGGUUGUUUGGGUGGAGUUUUUGUUUAGUAUGUUUGUUUGGUUCCCCUCCCUCCCUCCCCUGCAGAAGGUUCUCUGGUGUUUGGUUUGCGAUGCUGUAGUUCCUUUGGUUCUCCUUCUGCCUGUGGUUGGUCUGUAGCGUCUUAGUGUAAUCCCCCUGCACAUCUGGCAGCACGUCCAUGAAGGAGAAAACCAUCCAGCCCCGUCCAGUCUGACACACAAAAAAGGUUUUGCACACAUAUCUUUACCCGGCAAAGGACAAUUUGUACAAAUGGUUAGAAAGACGGUUGAAGGUAAGACCCAGCUCCUCUCUUAGUUUUCCCCGCUGAAAGAAAACAACCAAAAUACAAUUGUAAGGAGGAGACGAGGUGUCUCGUCACCACACAGAGCUUCGAAGUGCAGCUUAGGACUGAAGUGGAGGGUAAGAGGAACGAUGGGGUCUUUUUCUGACCAUUUUCUGUUUUACAACUCGCUUGUGUUUGGUAGCGUUGGGUUACCGCGCUUCACCCGAAAGUCUGAAAAGAAAGCUGCGGUCUCGGCCUGGCGGACAGCCCGUGUUCCUCCACCACGGACACCCCUCUGUAUUCACAGAGAGGGAAGGCUGCGAGGCUCAGGGAGCCCCAAGCUUAACAAGCUGUGAAUGCAUUUCCUCUAGGAGCAGAUGUCCCUCCGCAGUGGACCAGGAGCUCGACUGCAGAACACGACCGCACAACACAAUUGAUGUCAUGCAGUAAAUAAUGGUUUGAUUGUUCAGUGUUUGUUGUUUUCUAAAUGGCUUGGUGAUGAUUUCCCCAGAGAUAUUUUUUUUUUUCUUGGCAGUCUUGAAUUUGUUGACACUCAUGUCUUUAAAGAUGCAGUAUUUGACUGUUUUUGUCUGUGGAUUUUGAUACCAGAGUGAGUUGAAUUGGUUUUGUCUGUACAGUUUUUACUCCUCGCGGGUUUUGAACGCUACAGAGGGGUUGGAUUCAAAGAGCAUCAGGAUGAAGAUAAGAAGCUUUAAUACCUGAUUGCUAAUUUAGGACAACGUCUUAACCCUUCUACCCAGCGAGAGAUUUAAAGACAGACGCAUGAAGAGACUUAAUGGAAUUAUUGUCGUAUAAAAUAACUAAAAAUGAGAAAUGUACCUUAAAUUUGUUAUUUUAUUGUAAAUUAUUCAGUUAUGUAAUUAAAUAGAUUAUUAGUAUAUCUGGUAAAUAACGAAUGAAUGUAUGAAUGUAUUGAAAGAGUGACGAGCCAAUCCGAGCUCUUGGGUGCUGUGGUUGUGACAUACGUUGAAUUUGUGGAAAGUGCGGUACAAAUGUGCAUAUAUAUGAUGUAUAUGGCAACAGACAAAGCCAUGAACGUGUCUGUGUUUUUCCUUUUAUUACUUACAUGUCUCUAUAUUGAUCAUUUUAUGAUAAAAUCAUUACACC